CGCAAACAUGAUCACUUCUUGAAAGACGGCAAGCUUGACGCGUUCGCACGCUCGCCAGCGACAUCAAACCGAAAACAGCGCAAGAUGGCUUUUCAACCACCAACCGCACGGCAAGAGCUUCAGAACCGCAAGAUCAUCGAAGAGCUUCAACAGAAGAAGCAGCUGCUCCUCAAGCAGGGCCAAGUGAACGCAAGCCCACCGGCGCUGCCUUCCGCGACGACCGCCAAUGCGACGGAUGCCCAUGCGCUGACCACUUCGCAGAGGACAGCACUUCAACACGCACAUUCCAGUUCCGUCGGUUUCUUCAUACCCCAGGACUCUUCUUUUGGCAACCUAAUACUGCCCGUAUUGCCGCGGUUCGACAAGUGACAGUGGCUCGCUAGCACUACAACCUUCAGGACAAGUGUUUGUUUUUGAACGGCUUCUUUAUUGUCUGGGAUUGGAAUGCAACAUCACACAUAACUGAUAAAACACGUGUGCUGCA